CGGACGGACGCUGACAAUGAGCCUCCAUAAAAGGGAGCGGCGGGGUUGGGGGCCCCGGAUCGAACCCUCCCCGCCCGGGGUCGUGACGCGUUGAAGCCCGUGGCUGGCGAGGCGGCGGGUGAGCUAGGCGGGCCGCGGGCCCGGCGUGGUCCGGGGCAGGAGGCGGCCGCCACAGGCGGCGCGCCGAGCUCUGUGCGCCGGUCCUCGGCUAUCGGGUCGCCCUUCUUCGCCUCGCCAUGGCCCUGAGAGCCGAGGGCGCCGCGGCUCUGGAUUGCUUCGAGGUGAAGCUCAAGUGUGAGGAAGGGGAGGAUGACGAGGAGGCCGUGGUGGUGGCCGUGAUCCCGCGGCCCGAGCCGAUGCUCCGAGUAACCCAACAGGAAAAGACACCACCACCUCGGCCUAACCUGCUGGAAGCAGGUGUCGAAGGCUGUGAGGAGCUCAAGCAGCAAGUAUCAUGGGAGCAGGAGUUCCUGGUGGGGAACAGCCCAGGAGGCAGUGGACGGGCGCUGUGCAUGGUGUGUGGGGCUGAGAUCAGGUCCCCAUCAGCAGACACUGCUCGCGCACACAUCCUGGAGCAGCAUCCUCAUACCCUGGACCUGAGCCCCUCUGAGAAGAACAACAUCUUGGAAGCCUGGAGUGAAGGUGUUGCCCUUCUGCAAGACAUCCAAGUUGACCAGCCGUCCCUGCCCAGCCUAGAGUCAGGCCAGGAUGGCCAUCCAGACCUCAUCUCCAACCCGGAUCCUGCCAGGAUGCCAGCAGAGAUCGUGGUCCUCUUGGACUCUGAGGACAACCCAUCCCUCCCUAAGAGGCUCCGGCCCAGAGGACUCCGUCCCCUUGAGCUGCCUGUUACCCCUGUCAUAGAGCAAGGAAAUAAAAAGCCCCGUGGUCAGAGAUGGAAAGAGUCUCCUGAGGAUGAGCCUGCUAGAAAGAAGAGAAGCAGGCAUAUGACCAAAAACUUGGACCCUGACCCAGAUCCCCCAACUCCUGAGUCACCCACAGAGACAUUCGCAGCACCAGCUGAAGUCCGACACUUCACUGAUGGCAGUUUCCCUCCUGGCUUCGUCCUCCUGCUCUUCUCCCACACACAGCUCAGGACCACCGACACUAAGGACUCUUCUAAAGACAGCAAAGCAGCGGAGGGCCUGCCCCAGCCACAAAGUCCCUCUUCAGCCUCCCCUCCGGGGCUCUGUGGGACACUGGAUCUCCAGGUUAUCCGUGUUCGGAUGGAGGAACCACCAGCCGUCAGCCUCUUACAGGACUGGUCCAAGCACCCCCAGGGCACCAAGAGGCUGGGAACAGGUGACAACCCAGACUGGCCCACAGUUCUGUCAGAAUCCAGUGCCACUGUUAAGGGACAACCAGAGGCAGGAAGUGGAGUAUAGAUUUUCAGUUUCCUAGAGAGGGAGGGGUGGGAAGAAGGAAAGGUAGGCAGGAGGAGGUAGUUAUCCCCCAUUGGCUUAAAUCUCAGAUCUGCCCAGCUUGGCCACCUGAUGGAGAGUUUUUAAAACCAGGUGCCAGGACAACGUAGAGGGGGGAGGAGUGACAUCAUUGUCACAUUGGGGUACUAGAAAAUGCCUGCCCUUGGCCAAGCCUGAGGUAGGCAGAGGUGGCUUAGGUUGUUGGGUGGUAAGGCAUUGGGCCUGUGGAGAACACCUUCCCCAAUCCUUUGCUGACCUACCCUCUGACCCCACACCUCCUCCUUCCUCUCAGCUCCCCACCAUUCUCCCCUGGCACAGUGCCUUAUGCAGAGGUGGUCAUGAUGGGGUUUGAACUGAGUCCCACUACCUCGGGGGACACCUUUCCUCCCCCACUUCUGGCUCCUACAACAGGAGGCCUCCGUUACCUCUUACCGCCUCGUCCCUGCCGAGGGCUCCCGUCACCACCCUUUUACCUGUCGUCCUGUUGCAUCUAUUGUCCUGUUGUAUAUAUUGCCUUUGUUGACAAUAAAUUAUUUUUUUUUUAAUUAAAA